AUGGCAUCCCGCGACCCCUCGACCUACCAGAGCUCAGAGGAGAUCUUCUCUUCGACGCUGACGCUCCCUCAAAUCCGCUCUCUUCAUAAAUCGCUCCAUCUUCAGAUUGAUGAAAAGUCCAGCCGACUCCGAAGCCAAGUUGGCGGCUCGUACAGAGAACUGCUGGGCACAGCCGAUGCCAUUGUCCGCAUGCGACAGGACAACGACGAGGUACAGCAUGUCCUAGCCACCAUGGGCGGCCGUUGCGGGCGCACAGUUGUCACAUCCAAAGCUGCCAACCUGAGCAAGUUCGUAUACAAGCAAGAGAGCCCUUUUGCGUCGGUAGCGACAAGGCUGCGUCUUCUCGAGGCAUGUGCGCUGGUGUCGGAGCGCAUCCUCAAGGGCGGCAGCGGGCCCGGCGACGGCGCAACGAGAGGCGAUCGGUUGAUCCUUGCAGCAAAGAUUCUCGCCCUGAGCAGACUUGUCAUCAAGAGCUUCGGCGACGGCGCCGCCGACGCUGAUGCCCAAGCCGCCGCAGACGCACUCAAGAAGACGCUGGAUACGCUCCGCAGACGUCUGAGGAGACGCGUGGAAAAGACUCUCGAGAAACCUGGCGAUGACUCACACCGGCCCGAUAUAUUGAAGGCUCUUUGUGUUCCCAGUCUCACGUCAAGCUCCGGUGCAAAGGACGCCUUGCGAUUCUUCCUCGAGGCCCGCAAGAAUGCCAUGACGAGGGCAUUUGACAUCGCAGAUGGUGAACGAUUGCGAACGCUAGAAAACGUCGUGCAUGCCCUGCGCGUCUACACGCGAACACUGCUGGACGUACAAGCGUUAUUACCCACCAAACUUCCCGAAGCCUUGUCCGACCUCAAGAAGCAUCCGCUCGUCCAAGAUUCUGCCUUGCAACGCAUCGAAAACUUGCGACUAGAUGUAUAUGGACGAUGGUGUACGGAAGAACUUCAGUAUUUUACGCCAUUCAUCCGGCACGACGACCUCGAUGGCAAGCAAGCGCGUGAAAUGCUAGCUAGCUGGGCAGAGCAUGGGUCCCAGUGCUUACUUGAUGGUCUGAAGCAGACGUUGGAAGAAAUGACAGACUACAAGCAUAUCAUGGAGCUCCGCACAAAGGUGCUUCAGCUCUGGAUACGAGAUGGCGGCAAGGCUAGGGGCUUUGACCCCCAGGAGAUGCAAGACGAUCUACGCCAAGUCAUCAAUGCUCGCAUGCAUGCUGUGCUCGAGAGCAAGGUAUCCAAGCUUCGAAUAGUCGGCUCCGAAGUCACGGCUACGCUUCAGGGUUGGGAAGUUGGAGUCACCGAUAAGCAACCCGAGCUCUGGGAUCAGCCUGGGUAUGACGAUGCCCUAGCUAUUGGUGCGGCGCCUUUCCUCCAGGAAGUUGCGUCUCGCUUAUACGGAAGAAACAAUGCUGUCUCCAAAGCUGUCCACAGCUACAUGUCGUGGUACAAAGUCAUCGAUGACAUCACGGAUGUUGUUGACGCGCUCAAGAAGCAGCGCUGGGAUAAUGACUACGACGAAGUGGAAGACGAAGAGACCAUUGAAGCAAGGCAGCAAGUGCUAGGCAAGAAGGAUCCUAAGCAGCUACAAGACAAACUCGACGCCGCAUUGGACAAGACAUACAAGGAGCUAGAAGCUCACCUCACAGAGCUAUGGGAGAAGGAGAGGCAUCAAAAACACGGCGGCGGCAUUGCGGCGUAUUUCUUGCGUAUCAUUCGUGACAUCCGGAGCAAGCUGCCCGACCGCGCUGCAGUACAGAGGUUCGGGCUUGACAUGGUGCCGUCCUUGCACGACAGGGUCGCCCAAGAUGUGGCAGAUGCAGCCAUCAAAGAGUUCGCCGUAUCGGGACUGUCCGUCCGGGUCGUCACCGGCAAAUCACUUUGGGAGGGUGACCCAUCCAUCCCCAAUCAGCCCUCCCCUGAGCUGUUCAACUUUCUGCAUAAUCUCUCAACCACCAUGUCGGAACUCGGUAUCGACCUGUGGACCCCGGGAGCUGUCAAGGCAUUGAAACAGAGGCUUGGUACUGGGCUACGUGCCGCGUGGGCAAAGGAGCUGGAAAGUCUUACCGCCAAGGGUUCGACGGAUGUCGAGAGUAACAAAAAGUCGUCAAAGAAGAAGAAAAGGAUGGGCAAUACGUCUCUAGAUGAAGCGGAUGAAACUGAAAAGGUGGAAACCGCCAGUGAAAAAUCAGCUGAGGAGAGAGUCGGUGAUGACGAAGAGAAGAGCAGGCAUUACGAAAAAGGUGACCCAGAACUGGUCAAGGACAUAUGCACGCAAUGGCUAUUCGACAUUUCUGUAUUGCAGAACUGUAUGGGAAGCGGCGGAACUGCUAAAGAGGAGCUGCUGCGCGUCGCAGAACAGGUAUUCAAGCUCACAGGCAUCGAAGAUGAGUCGGCGCGCAAGGGCAUAGUUAAGCAGGCCGGCGAGUUCUGGCAGCGCAUUAGCCUAUUGUUUGCUUUGUUGGCAUAG